UGUCAGCAAAAAAAACGGAAUUUUUUUCAGAUGUAGCUUUCCGAUGUCCAAUUGUUUGGUACCGCAAGGAAAAUAUUUAAUUUCAUCUCAAAAUUAACCUUAAAAUCAAAUUACAUUCGUGCUGCUCCGUUUGAACAACGAUACUUUAUAUAAGAUAGUGUGGUUUUUUCUCUAAAUGUGUUCUAAAAUUGAAAACAUUUAGCGAUCAACUGAAACGGCGUGGGAUCCAUCGAAAAAGACGUCUCUCACGUCAUUUCUGCGCUUACAAGUCUAACAGAACCAUGGAAUCUGAGUAUUAUGAGGAUCAGCAACAGCAAAACCCACCGAAAAAGUCGGCAAAGCAAAACAAUGCACUGCCACUAUGGGGAAACGAAAGUACAAUGAAUUUGAAUCCUUUAAUCUUGGCGAACAUUCAAGGAUCGAGUUACUUCAAAGUGUCCUUGUUCAAAUUGAAGACUUACCACGAGGUCGUGGAUGAAAUUUACUACCAAGUCAAGCACUUAGAACCAUGGGAAAGAGGUUCGCGGAAAACCUCCGGCCAGACGGGAAUGUGUGGUGGGGUUCGAGGGGUUGGUGCCGGUGGAAUUGUGUCGACCGCGUUUUGCCUUCUGUACAAACUGUACACUUUGCGGUUGACGCGCAAACAGGUGAACGGAUUACUGUCUCACGGCGAUUCGCCGUAUAUUAGAGCCUUAGGUUUCAUGUAUCUGAGAUAUACUCAACCUCCAGCCGAUCUGUACGAUUGGUAUGAAUCUUACCUUUUGGAUGAUGAAGAAAUCGAUGUAAAAGCUGGAGGUGGCCAGACCAUGACUAUCGGACAAAUGAUUCGCCAAUGGCUAACCAAGUUGGACUGGUUCUCGACACUGUUCCCUCGUAUUCCCGUCCCAAUUCAGAAACAAAUACAGUCUAAAUUGGAGCAGUUUGCCAGGGAGAACAACGUCUCAUUCGCCGAUGCUGCAACGGAUCGCUACAGUAAAGCUGGAUCACGAGCGUACGAAAGAUCCGGCACGGUGACGUCGCGAGAUGAUUAUCGAGUAGGCGAAUCAAGUCGCGUAGCGAAAUUCGCUGGACAAUGCGAUCGUGAUCGGGAUCAAGUGAGAUCUUCGCGAAGUGACCGGGACGAUGACCGGUCGCGUGACAGAGAAAGAGACAGAGAUACUUACAGAGAUCGACGAGAUCGCGAUCGAGAAUACGAACGUAGUAGAGACAAACAUCGAGAAAGGAGAUCUCGCUCGAAGGACCGGGACCGACGAGAUCGUGACAGGGAUUAUGAUCGAGAUCGAAAAUAUCGUUAGUUUAACAUUUUGGUAUGACGAAAAUUUAAGCUAAAUCACUCAAAACAUGGAACUUGAAGCAUAUUUCCGGUCACAUUUAAAACAAGUGGAAAGUGAAUGGUAACCUAUUUAUCAACGUCACUAAGGGAUAUACCUGAAAAAGGAGCACCUUUACUCUAACAAGAUUAUUUUGGCACUAGAUUUUAACACGUCCAGCUAGAACAAAAACAACAUAUUUCAAAAAUCUAAUGUUUUAAGUUUGCUCUCGGUUAACUUUGCAUUACGGCACCUGGGAUAAUGGUGAAGUUUUAUAUUCAAGACAAGCUGAAAUACUGAGUACCUUCACAGGCGAAUAGCAGCAACUUCAUUACGGGAUACAUAUACAUACUUCUUUGCUUACAAUUUUCUUUUCAACUCUUCUUACACAUUAUUAUACCUCACAAUUAACACACUUAACAAUAUCAAUCGUACGACGAGCCGUGAUUGUUGAUCACACUGAAAAGCGUUUUAAGCUUAACGUUGUUCUCCACGGAGAAAGUAGUUUACAGUGAAACGGGUAGAUAAGAAAUCAAAAGUUCCGUCUCCGAGAAGUAGACGUGAACGAGCGUGUUGAAUUUUGCGGCUCGUCAAGUAAAUUUGCCAGUAAAUCCAAUCAGGUCAAUAUUCAUACUUUUCCCUGUAUCAUCAAUUUUGCAUAGUUUAACCCCCUAGUACAGAAAAUUACCGUGCAUUCGAUUUAUGCACAGCAUACAAUGAAGAAAGCAUAACACGAAGCGAUUCUACCUCAAUCGAUAGAGUUAGUCAGAAGCUAUACAAUUUCAACGCCAGUGUGUCCAUCGUUUGUUUCGUUCCAUUGCAUCCCUCGUUAAUUACCUAUUCCGCUUUUAGUAACAAGCACGCAAAAACAAUUUAUCUAGCAAACACACGGAAGAAGUGAUGAGCGAUUCGUCGAAUAAAAAUCCACUAGCUCAUAAGGUAUUUUAGGAAUAGAAGCUCACUAACAUUAUACAUCUAGGAAACGGAAAUAGAACACCCCUCAGGUUUUACACGAAGACCUACCAUUACACAGUUACACACACACACACUCAUGCAACUGGAGUUUGGCCUUGUUGUACCGGAAGUUUUAGUCCCUGAUUUUGACGCGACAGAUAAGCAGCAGACGCGAAGUUUAUGGAAGGACAACCGUUAACUAAUGUUAAGUCAGUUUUAAUUUGUCGCUGCCCAAUGUGCGUCGCGGUGACAUUUCACAUGGGUAGGUAAGGUAUAGUGUUGCAAAACGUAUGUAGUUCUGUAAGUAAUUGAAUUCAAAUGGGUGAAAUGUGAGACUGUAACGGGCGUUAACCGAGGAAACAACACUGAAAGAAACUAAAAUGAGAAAUCGAGAAUAAAGUACUGUACUGGCAAUGAAA